GAAACACGGUCCCUCUCAAAGGUUGGUGCUUUUUCUGCCUGCUGGUUUCUUUUCUUCAUGAUUUGCAUUAGACAAGCACGCGCUAAUCUGUACGUCACGACUUGUCAUCUUCCACUCUGGAUUCUCCUUGUGAUAAUCCACUCAGCAAAGCAUCCAAAAAGCAAGCUAGUAAUCCCCUUUUUGGUUUCUUUGAAGAUUCCGUUGUUUCCAGCCGUGUGCAGCACUGUUCUAUCUGUUGAUUUGGCAUUGGUGUGAUAGCACAAAUCUUUGCUUUUCUUUAGUUUCGCAUCUCCUGGUUGAAGAGUAAAUCUUCUUGAAAUCAGUUGCUAGUUGCUACACAUUCUUGCACUGCGGAAUCGAUGGCCGGAGUCGAGGAAGAAGGCGAGGGGGCGGCGCUGCGGGAGGCUCUGCGUCAGCAGGCGCGGAACGUGGAGGAGUUGCGGGCCGAGCUGGAGGAGGAGCGGCAGGCGGCGGCGUCGGGCGCGGACGAGGCGCUGGCCAUGAUCCUGCGCCUGCAGGCGGAGAAGGCGGCGGAGCGGAUGGAGGCGGAGCAGUUCCGCCGGGUGGCGGAGGAGCGGAUCCAGCACGAUGAGGAUACCCUCGCCUUCCUCAAGGCCGUCGUCUUCCACCAGGAGAUGGAGAUCAGCUCCCUCAAUCGCAGGCUGCUCGCCGUCCACGCCACCGGCGACGACCCGUUUUCGCCGGCAACCGUCGAUCUCCCCUGGCUCAGGAAGCUGGCCAAGAACGGCGUAGCGUCGCGGAGGAACGCGUCCCUCCCGGCGGCGCACCUGGAGGAGCUCUGCUCGGAGCUCGACGUCGUCGUGGACACCGACGCUGCUGACAAGAAGAGCUUCGGCGACAAAAGGCCGGCAAGGACGGUGUCAGACAUAGGAGAGGUGAUCGGCAGGGAGGACAGAGCAAGACACAACCAGUCGGCGCCGCCAAGGCUGUACCGGUCAGCCUCCCACCGCCUCCGCCGUGCACCAAGCUACUCCGCGCAAUGCCGCAGGACCUCGCCGGAGAUCAUCGCCGAAGAAGACGAGAAAUCGUGCAAGAGCAACGCCGCACUGGAAGCUGACAUUGAUCAGAUCAAAGCCACCGUGCAGUCGCUCCAGACCGAAUUGACAAAGCUGAGGGAAUCCACCUUGUCCGUCGGCGAUGCACAUUCCCAGUUGCUAACCGAGAUCCACUCGAAGCUCGACGGCGCCAUCGCGCGGCAGCACAGCUUUCAGGGGGGGCAGGCAUCAAGCCCUGUGCUGCCGAGGAAGACCAUCAGGGAAGCAGGCACUAGCAGUUCGUCCGAGGAGCAAAGCUACCAGCCGCAGGGCGAGCUGCUGAUGAACCAUUUCAUUGAGAUGGUUUUUUGUUGUUGUUAGCAUCAUGAUGAGAUAAUUAGCUUUUGAGCUACUUGGAUAAGAGCGUCUUCUGAAUUAUCUCUCUCGACAGGCGAUGUUGUACAUAGCAUGAGACGUUGAAGAUCUCAACAGCAUUUAUUGUUCCUGAAGAUUGCUUGGAGUGUGAAAGAAUGACGAUCUGAAGAUCUAGACAGCAUUUAAUAGUUUUGAAGAUUUGUUUAAUGUGAGUAAAAUCGUCGAUUGCCAAAUUCUUUCCUUUUUCUGUUGUUUUUGCCACUGUUGGUACAUAUUAUGUGUACAUAGUGCAUAUUACCGUGAGGACGAAAUCGCAUGUACUUAUGUUACUUGUGCCAAGAAAAGGAAGUUGAUGUAAAGUUAUAAUUGAGAUAAUUGUAAAUGUUAAAUAGUAAGUGUUUUCCCCUA